AUGAUAGAGGCGUUGGAUAGGGUGAGAUGCAAUGUUGAAAAGAUCCGAAAUGUCUGCAUUCUGGCCCAUGUUGAUCACGGAAAAACAACUCUAUCUGAUAGCCUAAUUUCAAUUAAUGGCAUAAUUAGUUCAAAUUCAGCCGGAAAGUUGCGCUAUUUAGACAAUAGGGAGGAUGAACAAAUCAGACUAAUCACAAUCAAAUCUAGUAGUAUAUCUAUUACUUAUAAUUUGAAUGGAGAUGAUUAUCUGAUUAACUUGGUGGAUUCACCGGGGCAUGUGGAUUUCUCUAUCGAAGUAUCAGCUGCUGUGCGUAUGUGUGAUGGUGCGUUGUUUGUCGUGGAUGCGGUUGAAGGUAUAUGCCCGCAGUCAAAAUUUGUUCUGCGACAAGCUUUCAAGGAAGGGGUUAGAACAGUGCUUGUAUUGAACAAGAUUGACCGAUUAAUCACUGAACUAAGGUUUACGCCGCUGGAAAUUUACCACCGGUUGCAAGACAUUGUAGGUCAGGCAAAUGCAUUAGUCUACAAUAUUACCACAGGAAGUGAUGCUGAAAUGGAUUUCGUUGAUAAAGAGAGCAAUGCUUCUGAGUUUAAUGGCAAAUUUCCCCCUCCUGAUGGGAAAAAUAACUAUUAUAACCCAAGUGAGGGCAACGUAAUAUUUUGUUCCGGGACCCAUAAGUGGGCGGUAAACUUGACUGAUUUUGCCCGCUUAAUAGUGGAAAAAUUGGAAUUGCCCCAAAAAUCGUUGUCACAUAUGCGCAAGGCUCUCUGGGGCGGCUAUUUCUACUCACAUAAACAAAAAUGUGUAAAAAUAUGUAAAGAUGACGAAAUGCCCAUGUUUGUGGAAUUUGUCAUUAAACAAAUCUACUCCAUCUACAACUUCAUUCUACUAGAAUAUGACGCAGCAAAGGUUGAGAAGAUAAUCAAUUAUUUAAGUAUUGAGCCUACAGACCGUAAGGGAGAAGAGUUGCUGAUAUAUGUAAUUAAUACAUGGAUUCCUCUGGCCAAGGGUCUAGCAGAUGUUAUAGUAAAUUGUCUCCCUGAUCCCAAAACUUCUUUGUGUGACAGAAUGGCGGUCAUAAAUUCGUCUCUCAAAAUUGACCAAAUUAUUGCCAAUAAUAUCACAUUGAUCCAUGUAACAAAAUUUGUCGCUUGCGACAUGACUACACUCAGGCUGACGGGCGACAAACUAAGAGGCAAUGAGCGUCCCGGUGAGUUUGUAGCACUAGUGCGGGUUUUUAACGGUAGACUUUUUGAAGGCAUGAUUUUGUACAUUUCAAAUCAGCCAAUACGAGUAUUUAAAAUCUUUUUAUGCAUGGGAGGUGACUUAAUACCAGUGUCCGAAGGGUUUGAAGGUAACAUUUUGGCGCUUCAAAUUGAGGAAUUAGAACCAAGAGUUGAUGAUACGGUACAUCAAGUUAAACUUGUAGUUGAAUGGCUUCACCGAUUACAUGACCCGCAUGUUCUGAGGGAUAAUAUGGAAUCACGGCACUCAUUUUGUUCAAUUGAGCGGUGUUUGACUCUGUAUAGCGUACCAAAUCUUCAACCGUUACCAAUACUUAAUGGUGAUCUGGUGGUCUCAGCCAUAUUACGAGUGUCGAUAGAGCCUGUUGACAUCAAGGACAUGGAACAGUUUUUAUACGGCUUAGCACUGCUAUAUACUGCAGACCAAUCGGUUGAGAUUGAAGUUCUUAGCACGGGCGAAUACGUGUUAGGGUGUUGCGGUGAAAUGCAUUUAGAACGUUGUCUAAAUGAUCUGAGACAUUUGUAUGCAAGAGUAGAUAUAAGGGUAUCGGAGCAACUUAUAAGCAUAAGAGAAGGUGUGGAUUUGGCACCUGGGAUGUGUAUAAGGGGAAAUAAGAUGGAAACUAUUGCCAAUUCUCCAUUCAAAGUAAACAGUGACAUUGCCAAGUACAGUGAAUAUGUAUGUAUUUCCGGCGGUGAAAUUGAGAUUAUUGCAAGGGCCAUUCUGAUGCCACAAAAUGUACUUGAUCUCAUAGAUAAAAAUGUUGAUCAAUACCGAAGAAUUGUUCAACAACAUGAUAAUGUUACAGCUAUUGAAAAUAUGGAACAGGAGAUUUUAAACAAUUGUGGCUGUGAUAUUGGUAAAAUUUGGGGAAUAUCAUUAGCAUCUGGAAGUAGAACUUUGUUGACAUACAAUAAUACGUAUUCUAGCUACGAUGGUAAAUCGCUGAGCGUAGAAUGGAGCCUUAAACAUUCAUAUUGCCAAUAUUUGAAUGAAACAAGUUUUGGCCAUGUGGUACGAUUAUUACCACAUGUUAUUUCGGCAUUUCAAGUGGCUUCAAGGACGGGUCCUAUAGCUCAGGAGCCCAUAAGAGGGGUGAUAUUCGUCAUCCAAGGCAUAGUAUUCAACUCAAUGGCCGAAUGCUCCCCUAGCCACUCAGAACAUUCUUCUCAGCACUCAUGGAAUCUAUCGGGUCAAAUAAUUAGCGCUGUAAAACAUUUGUUGCAUCGCUGCAUAAAGCCACCCAUUGCCAGAAUCUAUCAAGCGAUGCUCAAAGCUGAUCUUCUGUGUGAGGAUAACAUGCUUGGUUGUGCAUACAAUGUUUUAUCUAUGUAUAAAGCACAGAUAAUUAACGAGUCGAAUCAGGGACAUUUAUUUUUGAUAGAAGCUAUGCUACCUGUACCUUGGUCCAUGGGUUUAUCAAAGACAAUCCGGUCAAAGUCAUCUGGAUCGAUAUCUUACAACAUUGCAUUUUAUAAAUGGUUAAUGAUCGACCAGGAUCCAUUCUUAGAGCCUAACAUUGCACGAUCAGUAAUUGACCAAAUACGAAAUAUCAAGGGAUUGCGACCGCAUGUAUAUCCAAGUAAUGAACAAGUGUAA